ACGCCUCACUUCGCACUCAUCGAAGAAGACCCAACCGUUUUUAAAAGAAGGGAAAAUGACAUAGCAAAUACACCUCCUCUUCUCUUCUUCUCUUCGAUACAAACGAGAGUUCCCCCUUCUCUCCCUCCUCCGCUGCCCCCCGUCAAUCUCCGCCCAAUUCACCGGCGCCUUCUUCGACAGCUUCAUUAAACUUCAACUCUCACUUACUUCACACACACACACACACACACACACACACUCUCUCUCUCUCCUUCUCUCUUUUUUCUCUAUCGUCAAUUUUCUCUGUCUGAGCAGCAAUGGCACAGAUUGUGGCAAGUAGUACUCGAUCGAUUCACAGCGCCUUGGCGUGGCCUGGCUCUGGAUCCGUGCAGGACCGAGUUGAGAAGCUCAAGCUCAAACCCUCUGGUUUUGCUUCGAGAGUGCUGGCUGGCAGAGUACGGAGGGGCCACGGAGCUCUUAGCAGAAGUGUGCCGGCCGCGCUAAGGAGAUCUGUGCGCUCCGAGCUGGGAGUUGUUCCGUCGUCGACCGAGGAGGUGUCGCAGGGAGAGGAGCAAUUUCAGUAUGUACCGGGAAUUCAGCAACUUGGUGACACAUCAACUGGUAUUUGGUCUAAACCAACAGUUAGACGCAAGACAAAAAUUGUUUGCACAAUUGGCCCUUCCACCAACACACGGGAAAUGAUAUGGAAGCUUGCUGAGGCUGGGAUGAAUGUUGCUCGCUUGAAUAUGUCCCACGGUGACCAUGCAUCUCAUCAGAAAGUUAUUGACUUGGUUAAAGAAUAUAACGAGCAAUCCAAAGACAAUGUCAUUGCAAUCAUGCUUGACACGAAGGGUCCUGAGGUUAGGAGCGGUGAUUUGCCACAACCAAUCACCUUAAAAAGUGGACAGGAAUUCACUUUUACAAUUAGAAGAGGAGUUGGUACAGCAGAUUGUGUUAGUGUAAACUAUGAUGAUUUUGUGAAUGAUGUUGAAGUGGGGGAUAUGCUUCUUGUUGAUGGUGGAAUGAUGACAUUAGUGGUCAAGUCCAAGACAGAAGAUUCAGUGAAAUGUGAAGUUGUCGAUGGAGGAGAGCUUAAAUCUAGACGACAUCUAAAUGUUCGAGGGAAAAGUGCUACGCUGCCAUCCAUCACUGAAAAGGACUGGGAUGAUAUCAAGUUUGGAGUGGACAAUAAAGUUGAUUUUUAUGCUGUUUCCUUUGUCAAAGAUGCAAAAGUGGUUCAUGAAUUGAAGAAUUAUCUGAAAAGCUGUGGCGCAGAUAUACAUGUUACUGUGAAAAUUGAAAGUGCAGAUUCUAUUCCAAAUUUGCAUUCGAUUAUUGCAGCCUCUGAUGGGGCUAUGGUUGCAAGAGGAGAUCUUGGUGCUGAGCUCCCUAUAGAGGAAGUUCCACUGUUGCAGGAGGAGAUAAUUAGGAUAUGCCGCAGCAUGGGGAAAGCUGUUAUUGUUGCAACCAACAUGCUUGAAAGCAUGAUUGUUCAUCCAACACCAACACGAGCAGAGGUUUCCGACAUUGCUAUUGCUGUUAGAGAAGGUGCUGAUGCAAUCAUGCUUUCUGGAGAAACUGCUCAUGGAAAAUUCCCACUGAAAGCUGUGAAAGUUAUGCACACAGUUGCAUUACGGACUGAAGCAACCAAAGUUGGUGGUGAAACUCCAUCAAACCUUGGUCAGGCUUUGAAGAACCAUAUGAGCGAAAUGUUUGCUUUCCAUGCAACCAUGAUGUCUAACACCCUUAGAACCUCGAUUGUUGUCUUCACCAGGACUGGCUCCAUGGCUAUUUUACUGAGUCAGUAUCGACCUUCAGGCACCAUAUUUGCCUUCACAAAUGAGAAGAGAAUCCAACAGAGACUGGCUUUGUACCAAGGAGUGUGUCCUAUAUUCAUGCAAUUCUCAGAUGAUGCUGAAGAAACCUUUGCAAAUGCCUUAUCUUUGUUGCAGACGCAAGGAAUGCUUAAAAAAGGAGAAGACGUCGCUCUUGUUCAGAGUGGCAGACAGCCCAUCUGGCGUUCCCAAUCCACUCAUAAUAUCCAGGUGAGGAAGGUUCAGAUGGAAAAGACGGCAGAGAACCUACAUAAAUGAGUUAUCCAAAUGCAGUCGAUUAAUCCCGAAGUUCUUAUGGUGCCAAGAACUUAUCCCCUGCUCGAGUUGGAUUUGAUUGCUACAGUCCGCGCCGCAGGACGAGUCUGCCUGCUCCCUCUCAUCUCCCUCCCCCCCCAACUCUCUUGUUUUUGCUGUGCGCUUUUAGUAUUUCCUAUGGUUUCAACACUUUGCUUUGUUACACUUCCUGAUUUCUUUUGGGCAAAUUAGUUCAGAUUAUUUCAGAAUUAUGAAUGGGAUGGAAGCAAUUUUAAGGGAGUUGUCUACUCCAGAUCAGUGUUAAAAGUCAA